AUGCCUUUAAAGCCAGCGGAUAUAGAGUCGAAGGGCAUGGAAGGUGAGGCGGGAGGCGCGGGGGCGGCGGAGGAUGGCUGCUCCCGGAACAUUUUUCGUGAAAGGGGGACGGGGGGUACAUGUGGGGGGGGAGGGGAAGUGCGAGGGGAUGAGGUGGGGGUGAAGGGGGAGGGAGAGUUGAGUAUUGGCUGUGCGUUCAGGGAGAGGCUGAUGGUGAAGGGGAAAGGGGAGGGUGGGGGAGAGGGUGGGAAAGUGAGCGUGGGAGGAGGGGGUGAAGGAGAGGGGAUUGAAGGGUGGAGGAGGGGCAUGAGCGGGGCGAGAGUGGUGCGUGGGAUGACGGAUGUAGAUGGGUGGGGAUGGUGGGAGGAUGGAGGGGAGAAGGUGGAGGGUGGAGGAGGAGAGGAGGGAGUGGGAGAGGAGGAGUCGGAGGAAAUCAAGGAUAGAGAGCGGUGGGAGGGGAUGAAGGGCGGUGUGGUGGGAGAAGUGGAGAAGUCGAACGCGGAUGAAGCAGAGGCGAGGGAUGAAGCAGAGGCGAGGGAUGAAGCAGAGGCGAGGGAUGAAGCAGAGGCGAGGGAUGAAGCAGAGGCGAGGGAUGAUGCAGAGGCGAGGGAUGAUGCAGAGGCGAGGGAUGAUGCAGAGGCGAGGGAUGAUGCAGAGGCGAGGGAUGAUGCAGAGGAGGAGCAUGCAGCGUGCGAGCUGGGCCUACUAGGGUACUCUGACUGGUCUGCCACCUCUGCCACGGUCCGCGUUCGCACUGCUGCCACGCUCCUGCCCCCGGGCACAGCCACUCUGGCUCGCCUCUGGGGGAGGGCUGCUCGUGGAGGGGAAGGAGGAGGGAGUGAGACGGUUGCAGAGAGUGUGGGGAGAAGAGGGAGUGGGAUGGGUGCAGGGGUGGAGGGGGGAGGAGGGAGUGAGGGAGUCGGGCGAUGGAAAGCAAGUGGGGAGGGUAUUGGGAAGGCGAGUGGUAUGGUGAGUGGGAUGGCAAGUGAGGGGGCGAGUGGGAAGGUGGUGAGAGUGGAUAGUGUGGUGAGCAUGGAUAGUGCCAGCAGCAGCAGCCGUGUGUUGCGGCAGCGAGGCAUUUCCGCCUUCUUUGGCGGCAAAGGGCCCUUGGUGGUGCAGGAGGAGGAGGGGAAGCAGGGCAGGACGGGGAGGGAGGCACGGGGAAAGGGGAGAGGAGGAGGGAGGGGUUGGUGGGGAGAGGAGCUUCGUGAGAAUGAGAGUGAGAGUCCGGGUGGGGACAAGGCAGGUGGGACCGACAAAGUGGGCGAGAGGAUGGGUGUAGUGAAUGGGUUUGCGGAUGGGGAGGAGCAGGCAAGGGAAGCAGAGGAGGAUGCUGAUGAUGCUGAUGGUGCUGAUGAUGAAGUCACUCCUGUAGAGGAUGGGCAGAAGAGCUUGGUAGCAGCUGCUCCUGCUGCACCCACCGCUGCUGCAUCCUCGCGCUCUCGCCCUUCCCCCCACUGGUCCUCUCAAACUCCGCGCCCAUGCCCCUUCUACAAGAAGAUUCCUGGUUCGUGCCUUGGCUACCCACCGCCUUCCACCGCACCCAUUGCUACCCAUCGCAACCCCCUUUGCGGAACGCCAUUCGCAGUGGACGCCUUUUCAUAUGGCCCAGUGGCGGGCGUGCAGCUGUACUUCCUCUCGCACUUCCACAGCGACCACUACCGCGGGCUCUCCAAGCGCUGGCAGGGCGGCCCCAUCGUGUGCACGCCCGUCACUGCCCGCCUCGCUCACAUGUGCCUGGGGGUCGACCACAGGUGCGUGGUCUGCGGGGUGGGCUGGGGGGUGGGUGUCUGGCGGAGCUGGGUCGAGGGGUGGAGUGGGUAUGGAAGAAAGAAAGUGAGGAGUGGGUGGCAGCAGGGAGGAGAGGUGGAUGGGUGGGGCAUGGGAGAAGGAAGGGGGGAGUGGGAGUUGGGUGAUGAGAUUGCAUGUCUGCUCAUCCCGCUCACCUUCACCACCACGGUGUAUCUACACGGCCAUGCGGUCACGCUGCUGCCAGCCAACCACUGCCCUGGCUCUGCACUCAUCCUCAUUCGCACCAACUCGCCUCCUCCGCUGCCUCGCUCCCUCUCCUCUCCUCCGCCACCGCUGCACCAGCAGCAACAGGCGUGCACGUACCAGCAGCAGCAGCAGCAGCAGCAUGAAGCUCUCGCUGCUGCUUCCGCCCCUCCUCCUCAUAUAUCCCUUCCUAGGCCUACCCUCCCAGCCACACACCACCCUCCACCCCUCUCCGCUCUCCAACCCCAUCCAUCCGCCUCACACACACUCCUCCCCGCCCGCACCCCCAUCUCUCCUCGCGCCCUCCUCUCGGCCACCAUUCUCCACACGGGGGACUUCCGAGCAUGUCACGCCAUGCGCACGUACCGCCACCUGUCGCCUGCCUCUGUGGACCGGCUAUACCUCGACACCACCCUCUAUUCAGCCUCUCUUCACCCUCAUUCCUACCUUCGCACCCAUUUCUUCUCGCCUCCUCUCGUUAAUUCGACUAAGAAAACCUGCUGGCCACUCUACACUGUGAAGCAUCUUGCGACACGCAUGGGCGUGGAACCUCGGUCCUUCAUGCAACCAUCCAUCACUCACUGCCCUACUGCCAAGCUAUUCGCACCUCCCUCCCACCCUCCCUCUGCCCUGCUCUGCUCCCACAGCUUCCCGGAUCAGCAGCAGGUGAUAGACUAUGCGGUGGCGGUGGCAGUGGCAGCGGACAAGGCGGAGAGGCGGGAAGGGGGUAGGGUACUGUUUGUGGUGGGGGCAUACAGCAUAGGCAAGGAGCGCCUCUUUCUCGCGAUAGCCCAGGCGCUGCAGAAAAGCAUCUUUUGUCUGCCGCGGCACCACCGCCUGCUCCACGCGCUACAGUGGCCCGCACUCUCCUCUCGCCUCACCCGUGAUGCCGCCUCCUCCCCGCUGCACGUGCUGCCCCUGGGGCAGCUGCGCGCUCAGCGCCUGCAUGAGUAUGUAUCCAACCAGAGAGGUUUCACGCGGGUGAUUGGCUUUCGACCCACAGGAUGGACUUUUUCCCAGCGCUUAGCCUCAGGUCUGCACAACAUUCAGCCCCAACACUAUCGCAACGCUUCACUAUAUGGUGUGCCUUACAGUGAACACAGCAGCUUCACAGAACUUCAGGACUUCGUUUCCUUUUGUCAGCCAAGGCAGAUCACUCCAACUGUAAAUGUUGGAAAUCCUCGCAACCGCCAUCUCAUGCAAUCAAUUUUCAAGGAAUGGCAAGGUG